UACCAAACGUUUAGGUAAUUUAUCACUAUUAAACAAUAGCACACACUAACAUUAGCUGUACCCCAGUCCGCUCUAAAAAAGUUUAUGUCGAAAAAACUACCUUCACGAAGUAACCACCAUGCCCUAUCUCUAACCCACGGCAAUAUAAUACCGGGGAUCUUUUUCAUCUUGAGUCAAUUUGUUAAAUUAAUUCAUGCUUUACCAAUUCUUCGUAGUGAAUCUGUUUCAUUAACUCAUCAUGAUUAUGGUAGUAAUUCUGAUUCAUCUGUUGGUUAUGGUGCAACCGCCAAUAAUAUGACUGCUGAAGAAUUUUAUGUUAAUUUAAUUACUUCAGUAUGUUUAGUAUUAGCUGGUGGAGUAUUUGCUGGUUUAACUUUAGGUUUAAUGGGUCAAGAUGAAGUUUAUUUAAAAGUUAUUGCUACCAGUGGUGAUUCUCAUGAAAGGAAACAUGCUAGAAAAGUUUUACAAUUAAUUGGUAGAGGUAAACAUUGGGUUUUAGUUACUUUAUUAUUAUCAAAUGUUAUUACUAAUGAAACUUUACCUAUUGUAUUAGAUAGAUGUUUAGGUGGAGGUUGGCCUGCAGUUGUAACUUCUACUGCAUCUAUUGUUGUGUUUGGAGAAAUUAUUCCUCAAUCAAUUUGUGUUAGAUAUGGACUUGAAGUUGGAUCAUUAUUUGCUCCAUUUGUUCUUAUUUUAAUGUAUAUUAUGUAUCCAAUAGCUUAUCCUAUUGCAUUAUUAUUAGAUCAUGUUUUAGGUGAAGAUCAUGGAACUGUUUAUAAGAAAUCAGGUUUAAAAACUUUAGUGACUUUACAUAGAUCUAUGGGAGUAGAACGAUUAAAUCAAGAUGAAGUUACAAUUAUUAGUGCUGUAUUAGAUUUAAAGGCUAAACCAGUUAGUUCAAUCAUGACUCCAAUGAAUAGAGUUUAUACUAUGAGUGCUGAUAGAUUACUUGAUUCAAAAACUGUUGAAGAAAUCUUUAAUGCUGGAUUCUCAAGAAUUCCUAUUCAUUUACCUAAUGAACCAUUAAAUUUUAUUGGUAUGCUUUUAGUAAGAGUUUUAAUUAGUUAUGAUCCUGAAGAUGCUUUACCAGUGGCUUCAUUCCCAUUAGCAACUUUACCUGAAACUGCUUUAGAUACAUCAUGUUUAAAUAUUUUAAAUUAUUUUCAAGAAGGUAAAUCUCAUAUGAUUGUUGUAUCUGAACAACCAGGUGAACCAGUAGGUGCUGUUGGAGUUUUAACUUUAGAAGAUGUUAUUGAAGAAUUAAUUGGAGAAGAAAUUGUUGAUGAAUCUGAUGUUUAUAUUGAUAUCAAUAAGAAUAUUAAGAGAAAGAAUCCUGGUCCAUUACUGAAGAGAAAUUUAACAGCUUAUUUACAUAAUUUAUAUCAUUUAAGUGGUAAUAAUUCCAAGAGAAAUUCUUUAGAUGCUUCUAGUAAUGGUAAUGGAUUAACAAUUGGACCAAGUGGAUUAUCAGGACAGUUAACUGAAGAAAAUGUUCAAGAUUUAGCAUCCAAAUUAGGUGUAGCUGCUGAACCUACUGUUGAAGGUGAAAGUUCAGGAGCUGUCAAGAAUUGGAAACCUAAGAAUCCUGCCUCUAAUCCAUUAGAAACCAAUAAAUCAUUUGUUACUAUUAAAAGACCUCAUCAAGGAUCAAUUGUUGAUGCUAAUUUAACAGUAAUUCCGGGUCCAAAUAGACAAGCACCAGCAGGAUCUAAAGGAUAUGGAGCCAUCCAUAUUAAUGAAGAAGGAGCCAUUGAAGAAUCUCGUAAUCAACAUCAUGAUAGUUCACAUUUAUAUUUGCUUCCUAAUGAACGAGAAGCCGAUGUUAGUGAACUUAAUGAAAAUAAAAUCCCUCAUGGUGAUAAUAAUCCUCUUGAUUUGAUUGAUAUUAAAGAUUCUGAAAAUGUAGAAAUUAAUUAUAAUGGUGGUGGAACCUCACCAACCAAUAAAAGUGUUGGAGCCGAUGAUGUUUCAAGACAAGGAAUUGCCACAACAUCUAUUUCAAGAGAUAUACCGAGAACUCAUUCUACCACCAAUAAUGCUUCAUCCAGUAAGAUUAAUAAUCCUGAAUAUCAAGAAUCGAGAUCAUUCAGAACAGGAGGUAUCAUUGAAUCGAUUGUGAAUGUUCAAGGAGUUCAUAAGACAAUUAUUGAAAAUGUUAGUGAUGAUGAUCGAGCUGAAAUUUCUAUUGAAAAUUUGAAUGCUGUAUCAUUGAAAAAGAAGAAGAAGAAAUCCAGUAAAAAGAAGAAGAAGAAGAGAAGUGAUCUGAUUACUUUAAAUCAAUAUAGUAGUAAUGGUAAAGAUAUUUCUAGUACUGGUGUAGGAAAUGCCGCCGUUCCAUUAUUACAAGAUCAAGAUGCUACUGAUAGUGAUGUUCUUAUUCUUGAAGAUGAUCAUAUUGUUCAGGAAGUGGAUGAUGAUGACGAUGAAGAUGCUGAAUCAUUAAUCUCCAGUGCCAAUGGAUCUCGUAACUCAUCGGUGGCCGUUGAACAUGAACAGCCACCAGCGCCUAAUGGUAGACGUUUGAGUAUGUGGGAUAAGAUUAAGGGAACUUCAUCAUAGAGGAGAGGAGAAGAGAAGAGAGUUAGUUAGUUACAGUGAGUAUGUUCACAACAAGUUUGGAAGGGCAACCAGCGUAUGUCUGUCUGUUUUUAGUCUAUUUAUAUAUAUACCUAAUCGUUAUUAAAGUAAAUUAAAGUAAAGUUUACACGGUAAAUAAGUGUAGGGUCUAGUGACGUCAUGUGUUUAGCGACAAAAAAAACUGAUGCCGUGCGUGGGCUGUCGCAAGCAAAUAUCAUAGGGAGAUUUGACGGAGGAGUGGUGGGUAUUCCCGAGGAUUACCUAAUUUAAUUUAAUUUAAUUUAACUUAAUUUAAUGUUGACAGUGUUUGUAGUCCGGGUAUGUGUUGCUAGUUAAAA